AUGAUCUUUCCGCACGACUCUACCUUUGCUGCUGCCGGCACCUGGGACUCCACCAUCCUCGUGUGGAGCUUGGCGAGCGGGAGGGUCGUGAGGAGGUGGAGGGCACAUGAUGCAGCUGUGCUGACGCUCGACUUCUCGCGUGAGAGAAGAAUGCUCGUCAGUGGCAGCGUCGGGGACGAGGGACGAGUCAAGGUGUGGAGGAGCAGGAGGGAGGAUCUUCUCUGCUCCUCAGACCCUCUUGGCUCGCUGCUCCUGGACGUUGCCUGGUCGCCGGACGGCAAGCUGCUCGUCGCCUCCUCCUUUACAGGCUCACUCUUCCUGUGGAACUUCGACGGGGAGAGAAUGAGCGGCCAGCGCUUGCUAGGAGAGCACGAGACGUCUGUGAGCUGCGUCAAGUUCGAUCCGAUGAGAAAGGACGUCGUAGCGAGCGGAGGGUGGGACGGAGAGGUUGUCUUGUGGAAUGUGGAGAAGGGAGAAGAGGAGGGACGAUUCAGAGGGAGUUCGACAGGAGUCUCGAACAUCUUCUUCGCUUCUUCGUCGCUUGUCUUGAGCGUGGAUGAGGAGUUUAAUGUUUCAGAGCAUACCAGAGCAGCGAGCAAGUGA